GCAUUGCCCAGGCCAGGCAUUCCUCGCCCGCAAGGCCGGCUGCUGCCAGAGAAGUUGACUCACACUGAGGCUCCAAAAUGGAUCCAAGAGGCAACCAGAACAUGAGAAAUAGCACCCGCUCCACACCAAAGCAGCACAUCAGAGACCUGCUGCGCCGUGUGGCGCAAGAGAAGCGCAGGAAGCAGGUGGAGGACAAAUACAUCUUGUGGGAGAAGCCUCCUGUCUUUCCUGAGCCCUACAAGACCAACAAAGAGGAUGAGCUUUCACGGCGCGUUAAGCGCGUGCUGGGCGACUGGGACCCCAGGCUGAUCCCAAGGCAGGAAUCUCCUCAGGGUCCUCUGUGGUUUCCACCAAAGCCCAGAUCCCUGCCACAGAGCUCCAGUAGUGGUCUGCCUUCCACAAUGGCAAAUCCAAAUGAGGAUACAGAGAAGAAAUCCUCACUGAAAUCAGUGGAACUCAAGCCUAACACUGAGCAGAGCCGUGACAAGUGCAAUGGAAGUGUCUCAAAUCAGAGACCAGAAUCCAAGGCUCCAGAAUCCAAAACCCUUCCUGAGUCUGUCAAGGAAAAGAAGCCCAUUGCUGACCCAUCCUCAGGAAAAACUGUGAAGGUUGUGAAAAAGCCACGUACUACACCUGAUGCUGCAAGUGAGAGCAGCUCCAGCUCCAGAGAGAGCAGCUCCAGCUCCAGUUCCAGUGACAGUGAAAGCAGCUCCAGUGGCAGUGAUGAGAACCUUCCAAAGCCUGAGCCACCAGCUGAUAGAAAGUGGCACCUUGACGUCCUGAUGGCCGAGGCAAAGCGAAGAGCAGCGCCAAGAGAGGGUGCCAGGGAAAUUGCCCCUGGGAAUGGGCCUGAGCAGGGGGACAAGCAGGACAUGGGCAGCAGCAGCAACUCCUGCCAGAAGAGCACUGCCCAGGUGGUUCAGGCUCUUCUACAAGCUCUUCUUCAGAUUAAGCAGAGCUGCCUGGAGCCUCCUGGGCUCACUGAGGAGACCUUGCCCAAGGUUUCAGUGGCUACCAAAAGGCCUGGAGAGCACCUGGAGCAUGACAAAUCCAAAAGAGUGAGGAAGGAGGAGAGUGAGCCUGGUCCUGUGGAGGUGACACAGCAAUCCUGCAAGGCUCAGCUGAAUAAAGACCCAAAGCUGGCACUUGAGGAGCCCUCUGAGGAGACAAAGGCCAAGGGCUCCCCCCAGGCCAAAACCAAAGGCUAUUUGGACCCUGAGCUGCUGGGAGAUGCUCAGGAACGUGAUGCCCUCAUCCCCAAUGGUCACAGGGCUGGGCAUUUCCACCAGGAGAAAGUGGCCUCACCUCCUGGGGAGAAGAAACUGUUCUUUCCUCCAAGGAAGCCAGACUUGAAGAGGAAAGAAAUGGAGAGUCCUGAGGAGUCCCCCAGCAAGAAGAAGAGAGAAGACAAGGGGGACACUCCCAGGAAGAAGAGGGAGUGAGGAAAAAUUUCCCACAAGAAUGCCAACCUUCUGCUAAGAAAGACUCCAGGAAACUGAAAGCAUCUGAAGCUUCAUUGCAAACUGAGAGGAAGAAUGUGGUGCAGCCACCACUGCCGGACAUGACUGCUGCACAGCGUGCACCAAACUGGACACGACGACCCGAAAUGGACCCAGAACCUACAGUGACAACCCGGACCUGCCUGCCAUGGACAGCCCUGCCAGGAUCCUUUGCCAAGCAUAGGAAAGUGGAGGAAGAUCUCAGGAUAUCAGCAUGGAUAUCCAGGAGAGCUGGCUGGAGGAUUCCUGCAACCCACGCGUGCUCUGUGUUGUCUUCAUCCCCUCAGAUAAGUAACUCUUCCUGAGCAACUGCAAAUACAAGACUAGUUUAAAAUGGACUCUGUUUAUAAACAGAAAUGUUGGCUUGGUUAUAAAUAAGAGACAGCAAACCUCUGGGUGUGACUGCAACCUGGGCCUGAAGUUUUAAAUCUUGCUUAGAAAAUCGUUCAUAACCCUUGCAUCUUUGCAUUUCUGGGUUAUAAAAUUGGAUUUUCCUGGCUGUUUUUUUAAAAUUUUGCUGUUUACUGAU